GUAUGGAAUGCAUUUAAAAUCCUUCGACACCUUCUUACCAAUACCAUGCGACGCUAAUGUCCUGGCUGAUAGGUAUCCAAUGUAUUGGCUCAGGGAUUUGUAUAUCCAGGGUUGUGUUCUCCCUGAAAUUGCUAUCCACCGCUUGCUCUCCAACUCUCCGUUUCUUGAACGUUUUUCUGUUGCAGAUAUACGUGAAACUCACAAGCUCAAGAUUGUUCUCCCUCUCAAUCUCAAAUUCUUUAAAAUAACGCAGUCCCCCGAGUACUGUAGUCUGAAAUACAUCGAAAUCUCUUCCUUCUCCUCGAGUGAUCAUCAUCAUCAGAAUCAGCAUCCAAUCCUUAAUUUGAUGGAAAUGGAAAUGGAUACUUGUCAUCCUCCGUCAGCAAACAUAAAAAUCAACAUAUCUGCUCCGAAUCUCUCCUAUUUAAUGAUCCGUCUCUGGGAGGAAUUCAAAUUUGAUAGUUAUCGGACUCUACUGCCUCAAAUCAAGAGACUUCAUCUGUGCAUUUGCUCUGAGGCUUUUGAGAAAAGUGAGGCACCUUUAGCCCGUCUGGAAGAGAUUGUUCAUCCUCAAUGCUAGAAAUCUCAAUAUGCUUCAAAUUUGAGAGAGGAGACACUUGCUGACUAUACUCAUUUGCAUUGUUUGUUUGAAAGGCAGCCAACUGUUUUUUCAACCCAAGAUCUUACUGAUAUGGGUAAAGCGGCAUGGAAGUCAAUCUGGGGAAGUCCUUUAUAGCUAGAUCAGAAAGACAAGAAAAUGAAGGUAAACAACAGCGAUCAUCUUCUUCAGUCUUCACCAUCCAGUACCUAGACGACCCUUCCACCAACCCUUUAUUACGCAAGUCUCGAAGCCAGAAGGUUUUGUAAGUUUGACAGUAGUGCUGUUGGUGAAGCCAAUUGUUGUUUGAAAUAUACUCCUAAGAAUGCACGUCAAACAACUUCAAGGACUUCAGACAAAGAACUUGAUUCAGUGGCCACAAAUUUUGGCAUUUCUUACAUCCUACUAAGAGGAAUUUGACAAGUCUUGUAAGCGAAGGAGACUGACUUGGAAGUGUAAAACCAGAGUAAUAACUCAAAGACAAUGCUUUUCAGAUUUGGGUGUGGCUGUAGGCUUUCCAAUGUAAUUUCAUAAUCAACAGACUCAUUUGCAUCAAUAUCAUCACUUCUAUGUGGCCAAAAUAA